CCAUCAUUGAAUCAUCAUCAAACCAUCAUGAUGUUUCUUAUCCCGUAUCUCAUUGGACCUUUAAAAAAGAUUAUUUCAGUGUUAACUGGAUUCUCGGAUGAUUUAUUCAUCUUAUACACUGCUCAUCCUAUCCUUACUGUCACUGUGAUUGCUUUAACCACACUUUCACUCAGCUUUGUUGUGCAGAUUCUACUGUCGUUUACCAACUAUUUGAUAUUGAUAUUGCUUCCUUCUUCUUUUUGGGCCUCAAAAGGAUCGAUACUCAAACUGCAACUACAAGAGAAGAACAAGGCAGGAAAACUUGUUCCUUCAAAGAAACUGAGACCUUGGGCAGUCGUUACUGGAGCUUCGGAUGGAAUUGGGAAAGAGUUUGCUUUGCAGCUUGCUCAUCUUGGAUACAAUAUUGUUCUCAUCUCUCGGUCUGUCGAUCGAUUGAAACUGGUUGCUGAUCUUAUCUCGACUCAAGAUCCGCUGUCAAAAACACUGAUCUUGCCUGUGGACUAUGCUGCCGCCUCAACCCACGACUACGACACCAUCGCUGCUGCCUUGCGUCCACUCCACAUCACUGUUCUGAUCAACAACGUUGGCAUCAGUCAUGCCUUUCCUAUUUCUUUUGUUGAAGAAACCAGUGACAUGGUUCACUCGAUCGUUCAGGUUAAUAUCAUGGCUCAGUUGACCAUGACUCGUAUAAUACUUCCUCAAAUGUUGGCUCGCAAGGAAGGAACCAUCAUCAAUGUUGGCUCAAUGGCAGGAAAAGUUCCUUCUGCUUAUCUUUCUGUUUACUCUGGUUCAAAGGCUUUUCUUCGUUUCUGGUCUCAAGCACUUGCUCUCGAGGUCAAACCAUCCAACAUUCACGUUGAACACGUUAAUACCUAUUUUGUGGCUACUGCCAUGUCCAAGAUCCGCAAAGCCAGUUGGCUUGCUCCUUCUCCUAAACUCUAUGUUCAAUCUGUCUUGGCAAAUGUGGGUAAUUCCAUCAACAGCACUCCUUAUCCUCCACAUGGCUUUGUCUCGUGGAUGUUUGAAAGAUUUGCUCCCGAACAUCUAUUGAUGAAACUUUCAUGCGAUAUGCACUUGGAUAUUCGCAAGAGAGCACUUGCCAAGAUUGCUCGUGAAGCCAAAAAGAAUUAAACUGUGCAUUUGAACUAUUUG